CCUUCUCUGCAGCUUCCGGUUUGGCCGCCCUAACGACCAGGAUGUAAAUUUCUGCAUUGGGCCUGGACAAUUGACUUCCUCCCCAGCCUCAGAUUCCUUAUCUGCUCAGGGUCCUUAUCUGCCCCAGGGAGGAGCUAGAUUAAAAGCCCUCUCCUCGAGUUAGGCAUUAGCGCGUGUGGGUGUGUGCUGGGGGAGGGAAGGGGGUGGCUGCGUUCCCCUGGUCCCUGGAGGAAACAAGGCUUUGAAGGGCCUGGCUAAGCCAACUCCCUUUCAGGAGGUCAGGCCCUUGGGCAGAGGUGGCGCUCAAACUCGGUCCUUCUUCCUCGGUUUGGAAAAGGGCAACUCUGGCCACCGCCCCGCUGCCAGGAGUUGGAGGGUGGGUCUUUCUCCCCAAGGGAGUUAGAGAUGAGGGUGUGCGCGCGGAAAGCCUUCUGGGAGUGACAGCUGAGUCACACCCCUAAGGUCCAGCAGGAGUUCGUGAGAGGUGGCCGGGGAAGGGUGUGGAGCCCGAAUUCUUCCAACAAAGAAAGCUUGCAGCGCACGAGGGGGAGCGGUGCAGAGGUCCGCAAAGGCGAAUCCACGCAGGGCAGCGGACACACUUUAUUCUAAGAGCACGGAGAGGGCUUGGGGGAUUAAAGGUGAGCAAUUAGGUGGCAGAAAGACCCUCUGGAGGCUGCUUCAGAAGAUGACCGAGGAUUUGCAGCUUCCUUUGAUAUGGGGCAGGGCUCUGGCAAGGGCUGGGCGCCGGUCAGAGCCUCACUGAGCGAAGUAGUGCGGCACACCCCUCCCCCCCUUUCGGGAGGCUCUCUGGUCCAGGCGCCCCAGAAUUGGCAGGGGUAGGCGGGAGGGCUUCCCCCUGGAGAAGAUGGAGGGCCAGUACCCCUCAAAACACAGAAACCCCUCCUUGGCCGCUGAGGGCUGCAGCCUCCUCCGCCCAUGACCUCAUGCUCUAAGCUCCUGUAUCGCCUUCCCCCGCCCGGUCCACACCCGGAGACCGAGUGGGGGCAGGGUGAGGUGGGGGACAGUGGUGGCGAUCUGGAGCGCCGGCGCAGCUUCUUAUCCUGCGCGAGAUUUGGGGGUGAGGGGCGCAACGAUCUCGCACCCCGAAAACAGAAUGGUGUAACUUUCUCUCUUGCAAAAAAAAAAAAAAAAAAUACUCGCUGCCUUGCAGGCGAUCGACUCCUCCAACCGGCGCGAGCCAUCGGUUCAGCUCAACUCUUGGGCUCCCUUUGGAAACGCCAGGGUCGCGGGCUGGGUUCCAGGCUCCCAGCCCGGGCAGGACCUGGGCACUGUCCCAUUCCCCGAGCCACCAGGUUCGAACCCCCUCCGCCUGCCUGGCAGCGCGCGCCCUGCCCCCCGGCUCGCAGCUGCUCUCCGUUUGGGUGCAGCGGUUUCCCCCGCAGAGCAGGAGGAGGAGACAGCGCGAGCGAGCGCUCCGGCUCGGGUUUCCGCACCAAUGCCGAGCAGCCCCGGGCGGCCCCCGGCUGCUGUCCCUCCUCCCCGCACCACGUCCCACAGUCAUGGCGCGCGGGCGAGCGAGCGGGCGGGCGGGCGGCGAGGAGGGGCGGGUGCGCGGCCGCACCCGCGCCCCCUCCCCGGGUCCCUCUCCGCCGCCGGCCGGGCCCCCUCUCCUAGGCAACCUCCCUCCCCGGCCCGCGCGCUGCGGAGACGCAGCCCCCUCCCCGGAGCUCCGCGGACCCUCCCCGCCCCCACGGGGCGGAGGGAUGGAGCGCGCGCUGCGAGAACCCCGGCCCUUCCCGGAGCCCCAGGCCCGCCCAGCCCCGCCGAGGCCGGGUGCGGUGGGGGCAGGCGUAGCCCGUCCUCGCUCAGCUCGCCUGGCCCUUGGCAUCUUUGCAAAAGCUUCCCCCCCCCCCAAAAAAAAAAUAAAUAAGCACCCCCCCACCUCAAGUCUUUAGAUUGGAACGCGCGCUACAGUAACCGGGGCGGCUACGCAGGAAGCAAUCGUGCAAGGGUCCGGGUGUAAGGCGGCAGCUUCCCGGCCACGCUGCCUUCUCCCAGGCCUCGAUUUCCCGGCCUCGCCGGAGAGUCCGCUGCAGCCCAGGACUGACAGGUCCCGCGCGGGGCAGUCACUGGGGCCUCGUCCCAUCCUGGUCCAGGGGCUCGCCAGCCUACAAAAGCGCCACCGGCCCCCCAGCGCACCCCCCAAGCGGAGACUGGGCUUCCUGUCGUUUUGCCAUGCACUUGUUGCAGAAACAGCCAAGGCCCCGGCUCCGGAGGAUGCGGACGGAGGAAGGCCCUGGAGCAGCCCAGCCCUGAAUGCAUCACUCUCGCCUCCUGCAACAGGUCUCCUCUCCCCACAUGACAGCAGCAUGACCCGGCGGCCGCAGGAGAGGUCCCUAGAGCCAGGCCCCCCGCUCAGCCGCCUGCUGCCCCAGUCCAGGUGUGUGCAGCCUCUUCUCACCGUGGUGGUGUCUGCACUGUACCUCAGCCCGGGUGAGGAUGUAAAGCCCCCCGCUCUGCACACGCGUGGUCCCGGCCGGCAGGAACCCCCAGCCCCAGCCACCCUCACAGCCAUGUCAGCCGUGGAGUAGCGCGGACACCUCCUCUCAGCUUCUCAGGGUUUCAGUCUUUUCGGGUUUUCUUCAUUUACCUUUUUUUAUGGUUUUGUGGCUGGACGUUGACAACCAAGUCACAGGCACCAUGGGGGAUCAGCAGUUGUACAAGAGCAACCAUGUGGCCCACGGUGGUGAGAACCUCUUCUACCAACAGCCACCCCUUGGUGUUCACGGCGGGCUGAACCACAGCUAUGGGAGUUCAGCCGCAGGCGGCGGAAUGGACGCCCCUCAAGCUUCGCCCAUCUCCCCCCACUUCCCCCAAGAUACUCGGGAUGGUCUGAACUUGCCUAUUGGCUCCAAAAACCUUGGUCAGAUAGAUACCUCGAGACAGGGAGGCUGGGGAGACCACACAGGGCCUGGCAACCAUGUCCAGCUCCGCGGCAACCUGACCAAUUCCAACAUGAUGUGGGGGCCUCCCGCCCAAGUGGAGCCCGCUGAUGGCUAUCAGUACACCUACUCCCAGGCCAGCGAGAUCCGAACCCAGAAGCUCACCAGCGGCGUCUUACAUAAGCUGGACUCCUUCACCCAGGUGUUUGCCAACCAAAACCUGCGAAUCCAGGUCAACAACAUGGCCCAGGUGCUGCACACCCAGUCGGCAGUGAUGGAUGGAGCCCCUGACAGUGCCCUCCGCCAGUUGCUGUCUCAGAAGCCCAUGGAGACCCCGGCAGCAGCUUUGCCAUCCCGGUACCAGCAGGUGCCGCAGCAGCCUCCCCCUGGUUUCACAGGUGGGCUGUCCAAGCCGGCCCUGCAGGUGGGGCAGCACCCUGCCCAAGGGCACCUGUAUUAUGACUACCAGCAGCCCCUGGCCCAGCUGCCGAUGCAGGGAGGACAGCCGCUGCAGGGCCCCCCGGUGCUGUCCCAGCCCGUGCCACAGACGCAGCAUCAGUAUUAUCCCCAGCACCACGCGGGACAGCAGCGUCUCUCCAUGCAGGAAAUGCAGGUGCAGCCUCCACAGCAGCAGCAGCCGCGCGCGCCUCAGCCCCAGCAGCAGCCUCGGCAAGGUCCGAUGCAGAUACCUCAGUAUUAUCAGCCCCAGCCCAUGCAGCACUUGCAAGAGCAGCAACAGACGUCGAUGCACCUGCAGCCCCCUUACUACCACAGGGACCCCCACCAGUACACCCCGGAGCAGGCACAUGCCGUGCAGCUGAUUCAGCUGGGCUCCAUGGCCCCCUACUACUACCAGGAGCCCCAGCAGGCCUACAGCCACCCGCUGUACCAGCAGAGCCACCUGCCCCAGCACCAGCUGCGGGAGGAUAGUCAGCUGAAGACUUAUUCCAGUGACAGGCAGGCCCCGGCCCUGCUGGGUUCCCAGGGGGACCCGACGCCUUCUGAUACGGGAAUGGGAGACCCGGCCAGCUCAGACCUGACCCGGGUCAGCAGCGCUCUCCCCCACCGGCCAAUCCUGUCCCCCACAAGUGGGAUUCACCUCAACAACACAGGCCCUCAGCAUCCGCAGCCGUCUCCCAGUGCCAUGUGGCCUCAGAUGCACCUACCUGAUGGGAGAGCCCAGCCAGCCUCCCCCGAGUCAAGUGGCCAACCCAAAGGAGUAUUUGGGGAGCCGUUCGAUGCCAAGGGCAAGCUGACGUGCCCCAUCUGCCUGAAGGAAUUCAAGAGCCUGCCCGCACUGAAUGGCCACAUGCGGUCCCACGGCGGGAUGAGGGCCUCCCCCAGCCUCAAACAGGAGGAAGGAGAGAAGGCCCUGCCGCCUCAGCCCCAGCAGCCACUGCCGCCUCCGCCUCCGCCGCCACCGCCACCGCAGCUCCCUCCCGAGGCAGAAAGCCUCACGCCUAUGGUCAUGCCCGUGUCUGUCCCUGUCAAGCUUCUCCCGCCCAAGCCCAGCUCUCAGGGGUUCACCAACAGCGUUGCUGCCGCCCCCUCCGCCAGAGACAAGCCAGCCAGCUCCGUGUCGGACGACGAGAUGCCCGUGCUCGUGAGGAUGACCCUCUCUCCCCCACACUCUCCCCAAGGGGCUGCCCCCCGUGCUCCCGCUGACCAGCCCCGGAGGCCGCCCCGCGCCGGCGAGAGGAGGAAGCCGCGGCCGCGGCCGGAGCCGCUCUUCAUCCCGCCACCGCCCGCCUGCGCCCCAGGGCCCGCCGGGGGCGCCGCGGCCACACUGUUCCAGAGCCAGCUGCGCUCGCCGCGCGUGCUCGGAGACCCGCUGCUCCUGGACCCCGCGCGCGACCGCGAACCGCUGCCCUACACGCCGCCGCCCAUGCUGAGCCCGGCGCGCCAGGGCUCGGGGCUCUUCAGCAGCGUGCUCCUGGGGGGCCACCUGGGCGGCCCGUGCGCGCCCCCGGCCCUGCCGCGCACCCCGCUCACGCCCACGCCGCGCGUGCUGCUGUGCCGACUCAACAGCAUUGAUGGCAACAACGUGACGGUCACCCCAGGGCCUGGAGAGCAGACUGUGGAUGUUGAACCACGCAUCAACAUUGGCUUGCGAUUCCAAGCAGAGAUCCCAGAACUCCAGGAUGCCUCUGCUCUGGCCCAGGACACACACAAAGCCACACUAGUAUGGAAACCUUUACCAGAGCUGGAAAAUCAAGACCUCCAGCAACAAGUGGAGAAUCUUCUAAAUUUGUGCUGUUCAAGUGCAUUGCCAGGUGGAGGAACCAAUUUUGAAUUUGCUUUGCACUCUCUCUUCGAGGCCAGAGGUGAUGUGAUGGCAACUCUGGAAAUGCUGCUGCUGGAGAAACCAGUCAGGUUAAAGUGUCAUCCUUUAGCAAAUUACCACUAUGCCGGUUCGGACAAGUGGACCUCCUUAGAAAGAAAACUGUUUAAUAAAGCACUAGCCACUUACAACAAAGACUUUAUUUUUGUACAGAAGAUGGUGAAGUCCAAGACAGUGGCUCAGUGCGUGGAGUACUACUACACGUGGAAGAAGAUUAUGCGGUUAGGGCGGAAACACCGCACACGCCUGGCAGAAAUCAUUGAAGACUGCAUGACAAGUGAAGAGGAAGAAGAGUUUGAGGAGGAAGAGGAGGACCCGGAAGAAGAUAGGAAAUCCACAAAAGAAGAGGAGAGUGAAGUACAGAAGUCCCCGGAGCCUCCGCCAGUGCCUCUCGCGGCUCCCACCGAGGGGCUAUCCCUGCAGGCCCCUGGCCAGCCCUCGGGCGCCUUCGUCUGUGAAAUGCCCAACUGUGGGGCUGACUGUAGAUGUCAUGUCACUCCCUUUCUCCCCCAGGUGUUCAGCUCCCGACAGGCACUGAACGGCCACGCCCGCAUCCACGGUGGCACCAACCAGGUGGCCAAAACCCGCGGAAACGUCCCCUCUGGGAAGCAGAAGCCCAGCGGCGCCCAGAGUGGGUACUGCUCAGUGAAGAGCUCACCCUCCCACAGCACCACCAGCGGCGAGACAGACCCCACCACCAUCUUCCCCUGCAAGGAAUGUGGCAAGGUCUUCUUCAAGAUCAAGAGCCGAAAUGCGCACAUGAAGACCCACAGGCAGCAGGAGGAGCAGCAGAGGCAGAAGGCCCAGAAGGCAGCCUUCGCGGUGGAAAUGGCGGCCACCAUUGAGAGGACUACGGAGCCAGCAGGGCCGCAGAGGCUGCUGCCCCUGGGCCAGCUCGGCUUGAUCAAACCCAUCAAGGACGUGGACAUCCUGGACGACGAUGUGGUCCAGCAGUUAGGAGGCGUCAUGGAAGAGGCCGAGGUCGUGGACACCAAUCUGCUCUUGGACGACCAGGACUCGGUCUUACUUCACGGUGACACGGAACUCUAACGCCUCGUGGCUGCUUCCAGACGACGGUGGCUAGAACUCACAGCCUCCCUCCUCACGAAUCAGGAAACCUGGACUGCCCAUUUGUUUUGUAAACCCUUUUAAACUACCUGUUUAAAAAGUGGUCAUUUUAUUCAGGUUUAGGAAAAAAAUCCAGUUUCUUCUCCUUUUAGUUUCUUAAAUUGUUUUUGUUGGGGCUUGGGGGGAAUGAGUAAUUGGCACAACUGUCUUUAAGAGGUGUUUCAUCUGGGCUACGCCCUCAUGAAACAAUUGUCAUUCCCCCUGGGGAGUGACCCUGAUAUUCAUGUUCCAAGUUGCUCUCAGAUGUCAACCGUCCUGGUUGCCUUCCAUCGCAAAGCUUGCUGGGAGAGAGUGUGUCCGUGUGUAUACGUGAGGCAGGCACCUUCUUCAUGCUGGGGCCCAGGGUCAGCUUCUCCACCUGGAGUUAAGUUUUUUCUGUUCUGACCCACCAGGCACUGUUCCUUUUCCCAACAGAAUAGCUCAGAAGAGCCUGUUCCUUUGUUCUGCCCGGUGGAGAUCUAAGAUUACUUUGUGCCACUUGGAUGUCCUCUGAACCCUCCUUCGCUGGACUUGGCUGUCGUUCACCCCUAGAGUGACGUUUAUCUAGAGGCCAGCCAUGAAGGAUGAGAGUUUUAAAACUAGGACACAAGGACGGCAAAUACAAGGGAAAUUGCAUUGAGGCCGACAGAAGUGGUUUCAGAUACACGUUAGCUACUAUCUUGCAUUCAAACCAUGAAUGUAUUCUCUCCCAGUCACUUGCCAAAGCAUUUCUAGACUUUGCUCAGCUGCUAAGCUACACAACUGCUCUGCCACCCCCUGCCUCCGCAGCAGGGCCGCUGUUGGUACUUGAAGGCAAUAAACCUGUCAUCCUUCUAAACCGUCAUUGCCCGGGCUUCUGACCUGGGUCCCACCCGCCUGUCCCACUGUGGGUGCAAGUCAGCCUGGGCACAGCCCCACGCAGAGAGGCCCCCGCUGUUGGCUCCCUGUCAGUGUUAAUGCUGCGUAGCCCCUGCUCGCAGGCGCUGUGCUCCUGAAGUAGACUUGUUCCUGGCCCCAUGGCAGUGGUGCUGUCACCCUGGGUCACUGGGCUGGCACAAUGACAACCUUAGACUCUCGGCAGAGGCAAAGGUAGGACCUGGACAUCCUUUAAUUCAGCUCUGCAAGAGCAUUUAGCAUGCAGCCCCCAGGCAGUGGUUCCUGAAUCUCAGGGAAGCCACAGACAACAGAAAGAUAGAUUCACUCCAUUUCCGUUCUUUUGUUAUCCGAGAAGUUGUCUUGGGGAUUUCUUUCAUCUUCCCUCUAGGAAAAAAAUAGUAAUUUGCUGCCAUUUCAACGGGUUGCUCUGUCUUGUUUUCAAGUUUUUGGUUAGGAACUACCCGGGCGCCCUGCGCCAGCUUCUGGCAAAACUAUCCCAGAACCUUUCCAGCUGCCAGGUCAGUGGCUGCUGACCAGCCUCCUCCCUGCGGUGUCUGAGGCCGAGUCCUGACGACUGGCACAGCAGCAGAUGCCCAGCAAAUGCUGAGAAAGCACAUUUCCUCUCAUUGGGAAAUUUGGCCAGUUCUUCCAGUUGUAAGCAUUAGAGAUACGUUGAGUUGUCACAGCAAAAAUAAGAUUCUCAGUUUGAUUUUAAUUUUCCAUGCAGUAUAGUGUAAGGCUCUCUACUUGAAAUAACCAAAGAACUCCUCCAUAAUGAGACAGUUCGAAUUACCUGAAUUAGUAUUUCUCAACUAUCAACUUUAAAAAUUGACUUCCCACGAUACGUUGCACUUGCUGUUCCCGAAGCAAUUCUGCCUGCAUGUCUGUGUUGUGUUGCAAAGCUCUCCCCACAGUCCGCCCCGCAGAACUUCCCUUCCUGACUGUCCACGUCUUCACCAUGGUUACUGUUUACGAUCAGAUGGUUUUUCAUUCGUGAAUUUAGACCUCUUCGAGAAAGCUUGUACAUAAAAAAGUUAACAGAUAUAUUUUAUGGAAAAACCCAUCUUAUUUUCAAAUAUAUUUAACUGCUGUUAUAUUUUAUUAGAGGAAGGUUGUAAAUAUUUUCUAGGAGUUCUAUUGUAAAGAAAAGUAUUUUUGAAAAAAAUUAAUGUAAUAAAAAGGAAAACAUUUUUAAAUAGCGGUUGUGAUUCCUUCCUGUUCUGGCUUCGUUAUGUUCUAUUCUCAGCAGAUGAUUCGCAUGCCUUCCAUAUUGGGAUGUAAUUUAUUCAGGUUUGCACUAUUAUGUAAGUUGACAUCAUAAUAUCUAGUGUGCUUAACUGUAUUUUCCUGGAAUGCAGGUCCCUUGGUCCAUAUCAAAGCACUAUGUAUAGCAUAUUCAUAAUUUUUCUUUUGUAAUGUGUGUAUUUUUAAUAAGGAUUUUAUGUAACAUUUUGGCAAAAAAAAAAGUAUUUUCUAGUGAAUUUUAUAAUAACAUUUUGCUAAAAAUGUUUCUUCCUAGGUCAGUUUUUGUUAAGGUGAACCAAAAGUCUUAUUUUACAAGGGGUUUGAAAAAGUUUGAGGCUUGAAAGCAAAGUUAUAUUUAAACACCAUAUGUAACAAAUAAAUAAAGAUGUUUUAUAGACUUGUCCUAAAAAGGCGCAUUCCUUAAAGAACAAAAAAAGAAAAACUGGGGCAUUCUAGAUUGUUUCCCAUCCUGGAUGUUAAGGAUGUUUAAAAAUUAUCAUAAUACUUUUUUCAAGAAGGAAAUCAGAAUUUUAGUUAGGUUCCAGUUAUACGGCUUCUCAGAAAUUGAUUACAGUUCCUAUAGGCGGGGCAUUCUUCAGAGAGAAAUGUAACCAAAUACACACUGUCAUAUUUAUUUGUGAAAACCUGAUUCAAUAUUGCAUCAGCUGCUCUGAAAAAUAAAAUCUUAAUUUUGAGUUUC